AUGCGUGCUCUCAACUCAACAGCCUCAAAAACUAUAGCAAAAGUGAAUUCGGGCAAACCCUCACAGCGAAAAAACCAAAGUCCCGCCACCGAGGCACAACCAUACGAUCAGCCAGCAACCCACGCACAUGGAUCUCGUUUAGCACUAAAUGUAAACCCAUCAUCCACCGCCAGACCCCGCCGACCAUCUUCUCGUCAGUCGGCUCUGUCCUCCUUUUCAGCAACUUCGUCUUCGGGAAAUCUCAGCUCAACUUUUAAACGACUGCCCUCGUCCGAAGCCCUCAGAGCAAAAGCAUCGCGACCUACCAUCAUUACCGCAACUGUCGCCAAGCCUUCCCGAGCUGCCCCAAUUUCAGGAGCUAAUCGCAAUCAAAACAACAAACUUACUACCGCUUCCCAUCCGCCGACGAGCCAAGCAAAGCAGCCGAGCUCGGUCACCUCCAGACUUUCGCGCUCGCCACACGCCGCGAGGCUCCCUCUUAACUCUCGCAACCAAAAUGCCGCUCAGAUGACACAGAAAGCAUCGUCAAUGUCGAGAAACGUCAAAGUUACGAUGCCUCCCGAUAGGUCAACGAACCCCACGGCCGCCGGCAGACCUACGCUGCCCCAUCUCAGUGCUUCUGCUACCCGUAGCUCAAAUCGCCCGCCCUUAACACCUAAAAUCGCUGCGUCCAAACCCACGCAAGCACCAAGUCUAGCAGCGAAUGCAGGAAAUCUGUCAGUGCGAAGGACAAACGCGCGGUCGACGAAUGGGAGCACAGUAUCGGCUAGAAGUACACCUCAGCCACCAGAUGACGACCAAGCAUCUUUCCUCGGCCACAAUAUCACGCCUCGCUCUGGAAAGAGACAAAGUCGUGUGGAUAGCGCCAACAGCACUCCAAAUGGCACACCAGACCCGGGCAGACUCGACGCAUGGGACAGAGACCUACGCGUGGCCUAUCCGUCUUCGCCCGGGGGUCAUCAUGGUGAAGCUGCAAGACGACCAGUUGUGGCCUUCAGUCCUGGGCCAGCGGAACCACGAAUGCCAGCGAAACAUGAGCUGCAUGUCGACCUUGACUCCAAGUUCUUCCACGCCAGCGAUAUCAAGUCCAACCAAUCUGCGCAACCCAAACCCACGAUAGCCAAGUCCUCGAAUUUUCUAUAUGCCAGUGGUCUCUCGGCGCACUCGGCAGAAAGCAAGCCCAGCACAGGUGGUCUUUAUACGUCGGCGCCCUCAGCGACCUCGUCGCAAAAUGACCUUUCUAGCAAGUUUAUUUACGCCAAUGGAACACCAGACCUCAAGCCGGGCCCUUCGACUGGCUCGUCUCGUCCAGGAUCUGUGAUCUCAGUAAAUUCAAAGGCCGCGCCGAACCGGGCACCAACCAGUGCACCGAGCGGUGGGCUAUCCAACUCUCAACGGUCGAUAUCGCCACCCAAAAAUGGACAGCAGCCUUAUGUUGCUCAAUUAAAGAGCCCAAAUAUGCCAACAGCCACGACCAGAGGGCAGGGUACUUUGCCGCCCCAGCUUGGGCCAGCGCCAACGCUCCGCCGUACCAGCACAGGUACAUCACUAAGCAGCCACUCCAGGAAUGGUAGUGCUGUCAUGGGAGAGGCGGAUCUCAAGGGCAGCUUUAUCUCUUCGGGGCCCCCUUCACCCUUGCCUUUAGCGUCGCCCUCUCAGCCUCCUUUGACGCUGGCUUCCAUCAUCCAGGCUGCCGAGGACUUUGGAGAGGACGAGAGUGUAGGAUCCCAUGACGACUCGCAUUCCGAGGUUCAGAGUCCCACGAAGUCAACUCAUUCUGGAGAUCCGGUGAACGAUCUGGUGGCCAACGCCCGAAGAGAACGAAAGGUUCAGGAUCUUCAGAUCACAAAUGCAUCGCUCGAAGCGAUCAAUCGUACUUUGGAGCGUCAACUGCGAAAACAAACAAGUGAGCUUCGAAGGUUCAGGCGCAUGUCGCGUGCCGGCCGCCUGUCUACACUUUCUGGCGCAGAAUCCAGUCGGGCUGUGUCGGACUCUGUAUCUGGUGUUGUUGAAGAUGUAGACGGCCUACCGCUGUCAGAUCUCGACGAAGAGGUUUCGGACGAGCUCGAAGGCGAAGAAGACGAAGAGCCGUUCUCAGAUACAGAUUCAGCUUCGGAAUCAGUCAGUCCAAGUCUCAUGGCAACUCGUGACGCUCGGUAUGGGAGAAAAGACGAACAACAACUGCAACGCGAUCUGUCGAAACACAAAGAGCUCCUCAUUGAUUCCCAGAAGAUCAACCAAAGCAUUAAGCGUUGUUUGGACUGGACAGAGGAGCUCAUCAAGGAGGGCAAAAAGGCUCUAGAGUACAGUAUUCGUCCGAGUGACGUUGUGGUACCUGGACCCCGAGUUCUCAAUCCAGCCGACGAGGAAGAGCAUACGCAAGCAAGCAUCAACUUUGACCAGGAUGCUCCCUUUGAAGAUGCGCACAAUGAAACAGACGACGAAGCUAUCGAACCAGAGAGAAUUAUGCCACUAGAGCCAAGAUUGGCAGGCUGGAAGCCAGAUUCAGAAGCUCAGGGCUCUGUUGCUACUUAG